GUCGUCCAAUUCAGACCGAUCGUAGAGGAAGCGCGGAUAGCCUUUUUUCAAAAUACACAGAAAUUACUUCAAAUUAUGUGAAUGAAGCUGAAUGGAAAUUAGUUAAAGUUAUAGAUAAGUUUAUAAAGGAACAAUAAUUAAUGGAAAGAAGUGACAAAAUAAGGAAGAAAGAAGGUUAAAUAAGAAAACAAGACAGCACCAUCCUUAAGCUCCUUUCUUAGAAAAAAGAAAAAAAAGUAGGAAGAAGCGGAAAGCAACAACAAAUAAAAGAGGAACCGAAGGUCUCACACAAUUCAUUUUCUCUCUCACAAAUCUCUCAAAAAAUUCCAAUUUGCGAAUAUAAAAAAAAUAUAUCAACUCAGAUUCUGUAUCUGUGUGUGUAUGUGUGCGAGAGUUGGAUAGGAAAGAGUCGUCGAAAAUUGGAAAACAGAGAAAGGAAAAAAAGUCCAACAGCAUCCAGGCCAAAUCGAUUUUUAGUCAGGUGUUGUCUGCGUUUGUAAUCAGUUCAGUUUCGAAAAAAAAGCUUUCCUCUUACCCCGGAAAAAAAAGUAUUCGACGACGAAGUGCUGUGUAAUUUCAGUAGGAAAAUAUGACAAUUGUGACAAUGUUGAUCAUGAAAUUUAAUUGAGAAAAAAAAAUAUUCAUCGAGAUUAUGUGAAAAUUUAUGCAAAAAAAAAAUAUGUUGAAAUAAAAGAAAAUCCCUGCGAGUGAUAAAAAUAAAGCUAGAGUGUUGCUGUGCGGCAAGAUAAAAUAAAAUAAAAUUAAAUGAGAAGAAAAUGAAAAUUUCUUAGCUUAGAAAAUGCUGACCAUAGUAAAGAAAGUGACAUAAAAGAGCAUUAAACGGAUUAGUUCCAAAAAAAAAAGUUUUUAAGAUAAUUUACCACAGAUUUUUUCUUUCGCAAAAAUUUUUCCACCCCAUCCGCCCCGUCGCCGUUUUAUUAGGCCAAGUCGGGGCGAAUAUUGUGAGUGUGUGUGAACAAAAAAUAAUAAUUUUGUACACAAAAAUAGUCAAAAAAAAAAUAAAAUAAAAAAUCUCGUGAAUGGUUCAUGCUUAAUAUUUUCCUCUUCGGUGUCUCUCUCCUCAAAAUAAAAAUUCACGCCAAAAGGGACAACAGAGGACAUCCACAACAUACAGUCUGCUUGUAAUUUAUUAGAGAACAAGUCGAGCCCAUACGAGAUUAGAUUACAGUACCAAAAAAAAAAAUCUCAACUAGUCAGUGUGUGUUUUUGAGCGAGAAAAAAAAAGAAUUAUAAAGCUUUUCUCUCUCCAUCUUCAUUAAACAUCCAACGACAACGGCUUCACAAUUCAUUGAAUAUUUUUUUCAUCAACUGAGAGAGCGUAGGGCAGAAAAGCAUCCUGAAAAAUGACCCCGGGCCAUUACAUGUUGUGGGCUGUAAUUUAUUUUGCUUGUUUGUGUAGUGCAUCUUUAGCCAACAAUCCACGAGUGAACUUUCGAGAGAAAGAGAAGAAAAUUCUUGAUCAAAUUCUAGGCCAGGGGAAAUAUGAUGCCCGUAUACGACCGUCGGGUAUCAAUGGAACCGACGGUGCUUGUACGGUGAAUGUCAACAUGUUUCUUAGGUCAAUAUCUAAAAUAGAUGAUUAUAAAAUGGAAUAUAGCGUACAGCUAACAUUUCGAGAGCAAUGGCUGGAUGAACGACUUAAGUUCGAUGAUAUUGGAGGUCGACUAAAAUAUCUCACAUUGACAGAAGCAAAUCGUGUAUGGAUGCCUGAUUUAUUUUUCUCGAAUGAGAAGGAAGGUCAUUUUCACAAUAUCAUCAUGCCAAAUGUAUAUAUUCGUAUAUUUCCAUACGGUUCAGUGCUGUACAGUAUAAGAAUUUCACUAACGCUCGCGUGCCCAAUGAAUCUUAAAUUGUAUCCACUAGAUAGACAAAUUUGUUCGUUACGAAUGGCAAGUUAUGGUUGGACGACAGCAGAUUUAGUCUUUCUUUGGAAGGAAGGUGAUCCCGUUCAAGUUGUUAAGAAUCUUCAUCUACCACGAUUUACACUAGAGAAAUUUUUAACUGAUUAUUGUAACAGUAAAACAAACACAGGUGAAUACAGUUGCCUGAAAGUGGAUUUGCUAUUCAAACGAGAGUUCUCAUACUAUUUGAUUCAAAUCUAUACGCCAUGCUGUAUGUUGGUAAUUGUAUCAUGGGUGUCAUUUUGGCUCGAUCAAGGUGCUGUACCAGCGCGUGUUUCAUUAGGUGUCACGACGCUUCUAACAAUGGCAACCCAGACGUCAGGUAUCAAUGCAUCAUUGCCGCCAGUCUCAUACACAAAGGCUAUUGAUGUUUGGACUGGCGUGUGUCUAACGUUUGUUUUCGGAGCGCUACUCGAGUUUGCGCUUGUCAACUAUGCGUCACGCUCAGCAGAUCGAGCAGCGGACAUUCACCGCGAGACCAUGAAGAAGAAACGACGUGAGCUAGAACAGAAGCCACUCGUGAGACAUCCAGGUGAUCCCUUAGCACUCGAAAAGCUGAGGCAAUGUGAGGUUCACAUGCAACCACCAAAGCGUCAAAGUUGUUGUAAAACAUGGCUGUCACGACUCCCGACAAGACAAUGCUCAAGAUCAAAGAGAAUCGACGUAAUAUCACGAAUAACAUUUCCUCUAGUCUUUGCGCUAUUCAAUUUAGUUUAUUGGAGUACAUAUCUCUUCAGGGAAGAGGAAGAUCAAUAAAAGAAUUCAAAAAAUUUACUUCAAACUCAAACUUAUGUGCAGUCGUUAGAUGU